CCAUAAGAAGUGUGUUCAAUAGCAGAGUGAGCAUCUUUCAGGUUUAGCUUCGGUAAUUUUUCAGUUGCUCUUGUUGCAUCAGAAGGAAUAUGAGAGGUAUCCAGAAUGUAUUUCUGUUUUGUUUGUCUGCAGCAUCCAAGGAAGGAAAGAGCUGGAUGCUCUGAAAAGUCACUUUAAGUCAAAGAACAAACAGAAUGGUAGAGAUCACCAGGUGAGGAGUGAAGCACAGAGUAAAAGAUACUAAUCAUGUAAACUUUGCUUCAUACAAACGUGAGUCCUGUGCGCAGUUCUGAGUUUUUCCUUAGGCAUCUGCUGUAAUGUGUGUGUAGGAUAAUCAGGGAAGUGCAGGAAAAGCAGUGGAGGUGGCUGCAUAUAUGAAAGCACCUUGGUAUAAGGUGAGCUAAAGCAUCCAAUACUGAUCUGCUAGUGGCAGUGUACUCCAAGGAGUUGCAGUGCUGCUCUCUGGCUUGUGCUACUAUUUGCGAUUUUAUGGGGAGGUGGGUCCUUAGCUCUCUGACCAUGAUCAUCAUCAAGCUGUUUUACAAAGCAGGGUGGGUACUGCAGCUUUCAGCAGGGGUACACUUCUGAUGCUAGGAUUGUGUAGGGUCAAGUUGAACAUCACUGCAGAGGGAGGAAUGAGAAGGUGAGCGUGCUACAAGCCUGUAAAAGGGUGAGUGGUGUAGAGAAGGUAAAUAGCCCCAGAUCCACAUGAAGCUGGAGACCAGGAGGAUAUUCAGGUAGUUUUAAUUUCGUUGUUGCCCUGCCCAGGUGCUUUAUCUGGGCAUCUGACAGUCUGUUCUACUGCUGUGGGUAGGAUUUGGGUGCCAGGUUAGCCUUUUUAGAAGAUGAAUGCCAUCUUGUUUCUCCCCAACCCCAAAAGAAGGGAAUGUAUUGUGAAGGCAGAGAAUAUAAAAGGAAAGGCAGGUAAAGGCAAAUGGCUUAGAAAAUAAGGAAUGGGAGGGAAGGCUGAACUGAGCAUAUGCAGUUCCCAGAGGCUGAGGUGCUGAUGAAUGUUGUCUUGAAUGUAGCUCUUCCUGGAGGAACUGUAGUACAUUAGAAAGAAUUUCUCCCGUCGGCGCUUGGGCUACGGUGGAUAAAACAGAAGUAAAGCCACCCUCAAAGAAUUGGUUACAGAUCCCCUUCACCUGCUGUCUGAAUCAGACUGCGAACACCUGACAGAGGAGGAGCAAGGCCAAGGGAAGCUGAGGUGGAAGCUGGCAGGGCAGCCUGUGCUGCGGGUGGAGCUGUCUGGACUAGUCUGAGGCUAGACAGAAAGCAGCUGUUGACGCUCUGGAUUUUGUGCCGCAACGUGGAGAAGAAUUACAUCAUCUGCCGGGACAGGGGCAGGUUACAUCAGCCGGCAGCCGCUGCCCAGCUCACGGCGCUGAUGUGGCCGCCGCCCUGGGGCACCGCGGAUUGGCUGCGGAGGGUCAGCUGGCUUGCCACGGGAGGCCGGGGAUUGGCUGCGGCAGGUCGGUUGGACUGCAGCGGAAGGCCGGGGAUUGGCUGCGGCAGGUCGGGGGGCUGCCGCCGACCGCCACGAGAGGGCAGGGAUUGGCUGGCGGCGAGUCAGGGGGGCUGUCUCCGGGCGUCUCUGCCGGCGCUGCUGCUGCGGGGUCUGUUCCGAGCGCUGGGGUGGGGAGUGACGCGGAAGGUGUCUGCCGUAGACGAGCAACAGAUAUCCUUGAUUUGCAGAAGGCAUCUCAAAAUGUUGUGUCGAGCUACUCUGAGUCCUUUUGUCCAUUCACCUGGGUGGUGCUUUGUGUUCUCGCCUCAUGCCAUCGAAGUCAUCUCCCGUCUACAUCUCCCUCACCACAGCCAGAGACUAAGGAGUGGAUCCAUGCGUUGCUGGAGCAACAUCCCGUUUAUCACCAUGCCGCUCAGCCGUGCGCAUGGGAAGUCCUUUGCACACCGCAGUGAGCUGAAGCACGCGAAGCGGAUUGUGGUGAAGCUGGGCAGUGCUGUUGUGACUCGAGGGGAUGAAUGUGGCUUGGCCCUUGGGAGGCUGGCAUCUAUUGUAGAGCAGGUAUCGAUGCUGCAGAACCAAGGCCGAGAGAUGAUGAUUGUCACCAGUGGUGCUGUAGCUUUUGGAAAGCAGCGGCUGCGCCACGAGAUCCUGCUUUCUCAGAGCGUGAGGCAAGCACUUCACUCGGGCCAGAGUCAGCUCAAAGAUAUGGCUAUUCCAGUCUUGGAGGCCCGAGCCUGUGCAGCAGCUGGCCAGAGUGGACUAAUGGCUCUGUAUGAGGCUAUGUUUACGCAGUACAGCAUCUGUGCAGCUCAAAUCUUAGUCACCAAUCUGGAUUUCCACGAUGAACAGAAACGUCGGAACUUAAACGGAACAUUACACGAACUGUUACGGAUGAAUAUUGUCCCUAUAAUUAACACUAAUGAUGCUGUUGUUCCACCUCCAGAGCCCAACAGUGAUCUGCAGGGGGUAAAUGUGAUUAGUGUGAAGGAUAAUGACAGUCUGGCAGCAAGACUAGCUGUAGAAAUGAAAACCGAUCUCCUGAUUGUUCUCUCAGACGUAGAAGGACUCUUCGACAGCCCUCCAGGCUCUGAUGAUGCAAAGCUCAUUGACAUAUUCUACCCAGGAGACCAGCAGUCUGUAACAUUUGGAACCAAAUCCCGAGUGGGAAUGGGAGGCAUGGAAGCCAAGGUGAAAGCAGCUCUGUGGGCACUUCAAGGAGGCACCUCUGUGGUGAUUGCCAAUGGAACCCACCCAAAGAUCUCAGGUCACGUCAUUACAGAUAUUGUGGAAGGAAAAAAAGUUGGAACCUUUUUUUCAGAGGUAAAACCUGCAGGUCCUACAGUGGAGCAGCAGGGUGAAAUGGCUCGGGCUGGUGGCAGGACUCUGGCAGCUCUGCAGCCUGAGCAGAGAGCAGAGAUAAUUUAUCGUCUUGCUGACUUACUGACUGACCAGAGAGAAGAAAUUCUCUUGGCAAACAAAAAGGACUUAGAGGAGGCUGAAAACAAAGGAAGAUUGGCCCUCCCGCUGCUGAAGCGCCUGAGCCUGUCCACGUCCAAGCUGAACAGCCUGGCAAUCGGCCUGCGGCAGAUCGCAGCCUCCUCGCAGGACAGCGUGGGCCGCGUGAUCCGGAGAACGCGCAUCGCGAAGGACCUGGAGCUGGAGCAGGUGACGGUGCCCAUCGGCGUCCUCCUCGUCAUCUUCGAGUCCCGCCCUGACUGUCUGCCGCAGGUGUCUGCUUUGGCCAUAGCCAGUGGAAAUGGCUUACUGCUUAAAGGAGGGAAAGAGGCAGCACAUAGCAAUCAAAUUCUUCAUCAUCUGACACAAGAAGCACUCUCCACUCAUGGAAUCAAAGAUGCAGUGCAACUAGUGAACACAAGAGAAGAAGUAGAAGAUCUCUGCCGUUUGGAUAAGCUGAUAGAUCUAAUCAUUCCACGUGGUUCCUCACAGCUAGUCAGGAACAUCCAGAAAGCUGCAAAGGGAAUCCCAGUGAUGGGACAUAGUGAAGGAAUCUGUCAUGUGUACGUGGACACAGAUGCCAGCGUUGAGAAGGUCACACGAAUAAUCAGAGACUCCAAGUGUGAAUAUCCUGCUGCCUGUAAUGCUCUGGAAACUCUCUUAAUUCAUCGAGACUUGCUGAGAACCCCGCUGUUCGAUCAGAUCAUAGACAUGUUGAGAGUAGAACAGGUGAAGAUUCAUGCCGGGCCAAAGUUUGCAUCUUACUUGACAUUCAGCCCCUCAGAAGUGAAAUCUCUCCGCACAGAAUACGGGGACCUGGAGUGCUGCAUUGAGGUGGUGGAUAGCGUGCAAGAGGCCAUUGAACAUAUCCAUAAGUAUGGAAGUUCUCAUACAGAUGUUAUCAUCUCAGAGAAUGAGAAAACAGCAGAGUUUUUCCUCCAGCAUGUGGAUAGCGCUUGUGUUUUCUGGAAUGCCAGUACCCGGUUCUCUGAUGGCUACAGAUUUGGACUUGGUGCUGAAGUGGGAAUUAGUACUUCUCGUAUCCAUGCCCGUGGACCAGUGGGAAUUGAAGGACUCCUAACUACGAAGUGGUUGUUGAGAGGGGACAAUCAUGUUGUUUCUGACUUCUCAGAGCAUGGGAGCAUGAAGUAUCUUCAUGAGAGCCUCCCUCUCCCUCAGAGAAAUACCAACUAAGAACAUGGGUAUUUUUUGAAGAUGUUCAGGCCUUAGGGCACUCUCUGGGGAGGGAGCUUGGAUUUCAUCUUCAAGAACAACUAUAGUUCUCAGUCACUGUACAGUACAAGGAAUACAAAAUUGUCUCAUUUCCAGUGCAUUUUUUUGUUUUCUCCUACUUUGUUUCCUUAGUAUCUGUAAACUGACCUCACUUUUUCCAGAGGGCUCCAGACCUCUUCAAAACACACAGGUAAAUAAGGAAAGAUUUAAACAUGUGCUGCAUUUUGUUUAAUCAAAAUGCUUCCUAUAGCAGAUACGCUCUGUGACGGAGCUGCUUUUGGUUGGUUGGUUUCUUAAUUCUCUGUUAAUUCAAAUACUUGUUUUGGGGAACAAACUUGAUAGUUGCUCUGUUUUUUUCUUUUAAGUCAUGAUCAUGGCAGCUUUUAGAAGCAGGAAAGCUUUACGCUUUCUUUGUAUUUGAUCACUUUUGAUAAGGGAAUAGAUGUUCACAGUAAGCUUUUGAUUAACCUUUUAUACCUUAAUUUCUUUGUACUGUUGACUACUAUAGAUAAAUAACAGAACUGCCUACUACAUAAAUUUUGUUACUUGUACCAAA